UUUCGAAGAUUGUUUACGUUUUUCCUUGCAUUUUGUAGAGAAAAUUGCAUAAAGAUUUUCAAGUUUUCUCCUAGUUUUUUUCUGCAAAACUCUUUAGAAAUCCGAUCAAUUACUAAAUAUCAACUCAUUAUAUAGUAAAUUGAAUGAUAAUUCUACCAAAAUGAGUUCCAAUAUCACGAGUGUGUGCAUCGCAAUUAUUGGCAAGGAUAACUCGCCUCUCUUCAUCGCCACAACGGAUUUAGAUCGUGAACUCGAGCUGCAUUAUAGUGUUCACGCUUCGCUGGACAUCAUUGAGGAGAAAUGCAUGCCCGCAUCCGGAAAACAGUCUGUUGACUCUCGAGAUCUGUAUCUAGGGAUGCUGUAUUCAACUGAGACAGACAAGAUUUAUGGCUAUGUGACGAACACAAAAACCAAAUUUAUCAUCGUGAUUGACUCAGGAAAUUCCGCUCUGAGAGAGAAUGAAGUGCGCUCCAUGUUCAGGAAUCUGCAUAUCCUCUACACGGAUGCUAUUUGCAAUCCUUUCUACACUCCAGAGGAGCCCUUGACCUCCAAAGCCUUCGAUCGGAGUGUCCGGAACAUCAUGUCGGGGAAUGUUUAGUUGCGCCACCGCGAAAUUAUUCGCUUUCGCAGCUAAUCAUGCGAUAAAUUAAGUGGAAAAUCAAUUGGGAGGGCAUCAAAGAGACACUUUGUGAAAUCUUUGGCAUUCGCAGAGCAUAUAAAGAGACAUUUAGUGACCAAAUCAACUGUAUUUCCAGUCAAAGUGCGGGACAAGAUGGUCAAUUUUCGGUUGGUUCUGUUGCUCUGUCUUGUGGGACUUUGGAUUCCCGCCUCAGCAGUUCCAGUGCUUAAUGAGGAUCCAGCUAAUCUAGCGCGAGUCCAGAUCCGUGUCUAUCGUGGCCCUGAAGACGUCCA